AUGGCGGGGUACUCGUCGCUCAAGGUCCCUGAGCUCAAGAAGCUCCUGGCCGAGAGGAACCUUCCCCAGACAGGCAACAAGGCCGACCUGAUUGCCCGCCUGCAGGAAGCUGACCAGAAUGAGGCACCUGCCGACGCCGACAAGCCUGGCAAGGCAGACAAGGAAGACGAAAUAACCUACACCGACGACGAGGAGACCGCGCCUGCUGCACCCAAGCCCGCCGAGCCCGAGCCCGCCCAGCAAACAGAGCAGGCUGCCGCGCCUGUUGCCGCCGAGACUGCCACCGAGCCCGCCGACAAGGCGACCGAGGAGAAACCCGAGGCGCCCGCCCAGUCGUUUGCUAUUGGACUUUCCGCGACCACCGCCGACGACGAAGCAAAGAAGCGCGCCGAGCGAGCCAAGCGCUUCGGCCUCGAGGAGGACGACGACGCCAAGAAGCGUGCUGACCGAGCCAAGCGCUUCGGCCUCGACGAAAAGGAGCUCACCGGCCUCGACUCGGCGCUCCCGGAGCGUCCCCUCAAGCGCGGCCGAGCCCGUGAGGGAGACGAAGCUGCUGGCCGCGGCAACAAGCGCCAGAGCCUGGACCGCCGUGGCGACCGUCAAGGACGGGGCCGGCACAACGGACAGGGCGACCGUCGCCGCGCCGGUAGCAACGGCCCGGCCAAGAAGGCUUCUAUCCUCGACGACCCCACCGAACGAGAGAAGGCCGCCAAGCGCGCGGCACGAUUCGCCGCCUAG